UCACGGCGCCGGACCUGUGGCGAUGAGCUGCCGGCUACGCUGACGGCCGCGCAGCUGACGGCCGCGGUAACGCCACCAUGGAGUCGCACCCUAGCGACCGCCAGGUCGCCGACUACUUCGUCCACUGCGGCCUGCCCUGGAAGCUGGAGGAGCUGGACGCGCCGCUGGAGGACUUCCCCAUCAAGCCGUCCCACAACUACGCCCCCAUCACGGACGUCACCGUCAUCUUCCCGGCCGAGGAGCCCGUGCCGUCCGGCUUCCGGUGCAUCGAGAAAACGCCGACGGGUUUGUCGGCGGACCUGAAUCAUGGCAGCAUUCGCAGCCCGGAGGUGCUGCUUUGUUAUAAACGGGGCUGGGACAAACCGCCGCUGGUGGAUAUCGGGGUGCUGUACGACGGCAAGGAGUACGUGAUGCCCGACUCGCAGGUGGUGGAGUUCACACCGGCCGGCCGCAUCGCCAAUGUGAACAACAGCACGGCGCGCACGUACAUCACGUACCGGCGCGCGUCCGACUCGUCACCCUGCAACGAGCUGGUGGUCACCGACAUCUGCGUGAUCGUGCUCACCAAGGACGAGGUGCCCCCACACACAUACUGCAUCAUCCCGAAAACGCUGAACAAGGGCAUGGUCGGCUCUGACGUGUACAUCUGCUACAAAAAGUCGAUGCGACAACCGACGAAGGUCGUCUACAAACCUGGUCUGCUGAGCAGGUUCCCGCUGGAGGACCGGCCGUACUUCCCGCUGCCCGAGUCGGUGCCGCUCUUCUGCCUGCCGAUGGGCGCCACCGUCGAGUGCUGGCCCGCCCAGGCGGCCACGCCCAAGCCUGUCUUCUCCACCUUCGUGUUCACCGUGGCUGAGGGAGCUGAGAAGGUAUACGGCAGCUCCAUCACGUUCUACGAGCGGUUCCCGGAGGACCGGUUGACGGAGCAGCAGCGGCUCCAGCUGGGUAUCGACACGCACCACCCGUCCGAGAUCUCGGUCAACACCAACAAAUCCAUCGGCGUGCUGUCGCACUGGCCGCUGUUCGACACGUUCGAGAAGUUCCUGCAGUUCCUGCACCAGACGGCCAUCUCGGGCCGCGCCACGGCCGUGCCGCUGGAGAGGUACAUCAGCCACAUGCUGCUGGAGGUGCCGUUCCCGUCUGUGGCGCGGCCGUACGUGCACGUGCAGCUGGACGGCGGGGCCCCCAUGGUGGUGGCACAGCCGCACUCGUCGCCGCUGCCCAAGAGCGGCGCCAGCUUCUGCAAGCUGCUCAAGAAUCUGGGCCCCGACAACAGCCUGCUGGUGCUGCUGUUCUCACUCACCGAGCAGAAGCUGCUGCUGCACAGCCUGCGGCCGGACGUGCGCACGCGCGUGGCCGAGGCCGUCUCCUUGAUGAUCUUCCCGUGCGUCUGGCAAUGUCCGUACAUCCCGCUGUGUCCGCUGGGGCUGGCCGACAUCUUGUCGGCGCCGCUGCCCUUCCUGGUGGGCCUCGACAGCCGCUACUUCGACAUGUACGACCCGCCGCCGGAGGUCACCUGCGUGGACCUCGACACCAACACCAUCUUCAUCGCCGAGGAGAAGCGACACCUGGUGACGAAACUGCUGCCCAGGAAGGCCUGCAAGCAGCUGCGGCACUCCCUGGAGGCCGUGUUCGACAGACUCUACUCCAUGUCCAGGAAACGGGUGAAGGGUGGCAGCCCAGAGAUGGACCUGAAGGUGCAGAUGAUGGAGCACCAACUGGAGAUCGAGAUCCAGGAGGCCUUCCUUAGGUUCAUGGCGAGUAUCCUGCGCGGCUACCAGGCGUUCCUGAAGCCCAUCAAGUCCAAGCCGACCAUGGGCACCACGGACCCGAGCUCGCUCUUCGACCUGCAAGGGUUCCUGAAGUCGCGAGACAAGGCGCACCACCAGUUCUACCAGAUGAUGAUGACGACGCAGUCGUUCAUCCGGUUCAUCGAGGAACGCAGCUUCGUUUCUGACAAGGACGCCUACCUGGUGUUCUUCGACGAGUGUUUGGCCAAGGACCUGGACUCGCCCGACUGCCGCCUGCUGGAGCCGGACAACCCGCAGAGCGAGCGCACCGUGUUCGUGCCGCCGCCGGAGCCGUUCGAGGGGCGGCAGUUCGUCUACCACGAGUUCGGUGAGCUGCACCGGGAGCUGUUCCUGGCGGCGGCCGUGCCUCAGCCGACGCCGCCGCGGCCCCGGCCGGCCGUGGCGGCCGCGGCGCCGGGCGCCGCGCCCUCGCCCCUGGUGCGGCGCACCAAACACGAGGUCAUGUCGGCCCGCAAGCAGGCGCUGAAGCAGGCCGAGACGCCUGUCCUCUGGGCCCGCUACCUGGUCGGCACGUGCUUCAGUCUGUGGUUCGUCCACCUGCCCAGCUACGUGGAGGCCUGCGACGACCGGAAGACAGCCAUGGAUCAGGCCUUUCAGAUCAUGGUCGUCAUGCAGAAAAUACUCCAGCAGAGUGUGGAUGAGGUCUGCUACCGCGUGAUGAUGCAGCUGUGCGGUCAGCACUCGCUGCCCGUGCUGGCCGUCAAGGUGUUGUACAAGAUGAAGCAGCUGGGCAUCCACCCGAACGCGCUGACGUACGGCUACUACAACAAGGCGGUGCUGGAGUCGGAGUGGCCCACCGACACGCUGGCCAUGGGCCGUCUGCUCUGGAGCAAACUCAGGAAUGUGGUGCUGGCGGCGGCCGAGUUCCGCGCCGGUCCGCGGCGGAGCGACAAGAAGAGCUCUCUGGCCGGCGGAGACCCGGGGGGCCUCCAGUCAGUCACUCGACGCGGACCGUGUGUCGUGCUCGUCGGGCGGCAGCGGCCGGUCAGUGGGCUCCCUCAGCCGGCCGGACGGCCGGACAGGGCGGCCGCCGGUGGCGCGCACGCUCAACUUCGGCCGGCUGGACUUCUCCGAGUCGGACCACUUCCGCUCCCGCGUGGGCAGCAUCGUCAAGAGCUCGGCCGGCGUCCGGCUGCCCGGACAGCCGCAGGCGGCCAACUGUCGACCAGCUUCGCCGACGACGACCAGAUCCUGGCGUGCCUGCGCGAGCCGCGGACCGACGAGCUGGCGGCGGCCCAGGACAUCAGCCUGGAGGAGCGUGUCAACGCCUACUACGCCGGCGAGCGCUGCGAGAGCCGCGACAGCCGCGAGCGCAGCGUCGACACGCGCAGCGUCGACAGCCUGGAGCUGGCGGCCGAGGCGGUCGGCGGCGGCCUGCAGGCGCGCACGCCCGUCACCGAGAACGACCCGCUGGGCGCGCUGGGCGCCGGCGACAGCCCGCCGUCGUCGGGCCGGCUGUCGGCCGCGCUCUCGGCCACCUCCAGCCAGCCCAGCCGCAAGGCCAGCCUGUUCAAGGCCGAGCCGUUUGCCGACGGCUUCGACCGGCCGGGCGGCAGCGAUGCCAGCCCGUCUUUCGGCAAAAACGGCAAGGCGUCGAGUCCGGCGAGCAGCGCCGUGACCGGCUUCCGGCUUCCGUUCAGCGCUAGUAGUAAGCUGGGCCUGGCCUCCAGCCUGGCCUCGCACAACCUGCGCCGGGCCGAGCGUAGGUUCCGAAAACAUAUCGAUACCAUCACGCCCGAGCUGGACGGACUGAUGAAGAGCUACAGCCCGGCCAGCCUGAAGAACCACGAGCUGCUCAAGUCGGGCGUCAGCUCCAUCCGGUCGGCGGCCACCUCCGUGUACCGCAAGCUGGACGAGCUCAAGGAGGUCAUGUCCAGCCAGAGUCCUGCGCUCACCAAGACCAUGAGCCUUCUUGGCACUAGCAUGCCCUCGAAUUUCCACUAUCCAGCGUACAGGACCAGCAUCGGCGAGGACGACGUGCUGGACGACAUGCGCCACGCCGGCUCGGCCGAGGUCAUACCGGGCUUCUCGGAGACCUGGUGCGACGGCCUCUUCAACGAGACCCAGUCCAGCUCCGAGCUGACGCUGGUGGCGCCGCUGCCACCGCCGCUGCCGCCGCCGCUGGAGCCAGUGGCCGUAGAGCUGGCGCUGACCUCGUGCAGCCGCUGCUACAAGUGCCAGGCCACCGUCUACGACGAGGACAUCAUGGCGGGCUGGUCGGCGGAGGAGAGCAACCUCAACUCAAAGUGUCCGUUCUGCCGGAAGCCGUUCGUGCCGCUGCUGACGGUCCACAUCCGCGACUUCCGCAACCUCAGUCGGCAGCAGCGGACGGCCGAGCUGCACCUGCCCGGCGACCCCAGCGCCGGGGCGCCGCUGGACCCCAUCACGCUGCCGUACCUGAGUCCGCUGGUGCUCAGGAAGGAGGUGGAGAACGUGAUGGACCACGACGGCCACGGCUGCCUCUCGGCGCCCGCCUUCGUCGACCAGCACCCCAUCAUCUACUGGAACCUGGUGUGGUACAUGCAGCGGAUCAGCGCCCCCUCGCACCUGCCGGGCCUCUGUCUGCGCUGCCGGCUGCUGCUGGACCGCGGCGCGCCGGCCGACGACUGGCGGGACGUCACCUGGACCAGCGUGCUCGUCCGCUGCCUCUGGGACAACCCCAAGCUGCACGACGAGAUCGUGCAGCCGAUGUACGUGCAGUGGAAGGAGAACCCGCUGCGCUCGCCGCUGUUCGACGCCCUCGUCACCGACGACGUCGCCCGUCUCCAAGACGUGAGUCGUGGCGGGAGUUCUCGCACGAUGCAGGCGGUGCUCUCGUGCGUCCAGUGCACCACGCUGGACGCGGCGCUCAGCACGCUCAGCGCCAACAUCGGCGCGCGCCGCAUGCGCGACAAGCACUUCUCCACCUACCGGGACAUCAUGUUCCUGGCGUUCUCGGCGCUCGGCCGAGAGAACAUCGACCUCACGUUGUACGACCGGGAGUACCGGCGCGCAUACGAGGAACUCACGUCGGCGGACCUGCAGCACCUCAACGAGGCAGACCGGCCGCCGGCCGUCGCCGCGCUCCUUUGUCGCCGCUUCUUCCGCGAGCUCGAGGCGUGAGCUCCCGGAGGCGUGAGCUCCCCUCAGCCGUGAGCUCCCGGAGGCGUGAGCUCCCCUCAGACGGGAGCUCACCUCGAGACAUGUGCUCUCGCUCAAGAGCUCGCGCCUCGUGAGCCCGGGAAGUGAACCCUCGAGGUGUGGCCGCCCAGCUCUCGCCGGAGGCGCGGGGGCCUCCUGCGCUCACCCGAGACGUGAGCAGGCCGUCCGUCGGUGAGCGGCGAGCUGGGCGCGAGGCAGCGCCGUGAUCUGGCCGCAGGACGAGGCCGUCCACCUGAGCGUGUUCGGCGCGUCGUUAGUGCGUAGUUAGCCCGUCUCUUUCGCCGU